CCCGUUGGACGAUGAUCCUGUCGAAAAAACAAAGACCUGAAUAAGAAAAUCUGAACAAAACAAUGGACAAGUUAGCAGUUGAUGUGGUUGAUGUUGCUGUAGAAAAGGCCCUUUUAAAGCAGCUCAAGAAGUUCACUAUCACUGAAGUGUAUGGUCGCACAGUGACUAAAAGGAGGACUAAAUUUUCACUGUCCUAUGACAUUCCACCUCCCAACUACCUUUCUGGAAGCAAGGGAACAGCAGCUCAGAGGGAGCACUUUGCAGCUAUCCUGAAUCAAAUAACCUUCAAAACUAUGGGUAUGAAUUUCAGGGUGAAAUGUAUUCGUCAGUUAACAACAUUCCGUACAGAUGAAAACACGCAAAAGUCUGCAAAAGACAUAUUUUAUCUUGUGAUCAUCACAAGUGUUUGAUUACUGUUCUUAAGUUAACUUUUAAUUUGCUUGAGGUGAUACAGCAUUAAUUUUAUGCUAAAUGCAGAAAGAAAAAUUGAUUGGUCGCAAUGAAUGAAUUUUUGUUAAAGAUGCAGAACAGAUUAAAAAUGAACUUAUUACCAGCUUCUUCAGUACUUUGUUUAUAAUAUAUACCUCACCUCUCAAAAAUCGAACAAAAAACAAUAUAGAUCGUAGGCCUGAAGCCAAAAAUCCAUCUAAUACAAUGAGCAUUAGUUUAGGUACACUCAGAUAUCAUUUUAUUCCUAGAACAUACCAUCUACUGAUAAGAGGUCGUCACCAGUACAUCGUCCAACAGGCAGGGUCCCAAUGGCAUGUGGAUACAUAAUGUUGUCCGAAAUGUCUGGUCGGUUGUUAUUUGAAAGCGGAAGUCGGGGAACAUAGUCUGGAAGAAAUCCACGCUGACUUGUUAUUGGUCCCAAACCCUUCUGUCUCACAAUCCUCACAUUGAUACUUACAUUUAAAAAAAAUUUCAUAUCCCUCUUCUUUUGCUCCUUGGUAUCAUUUUCCCACUCUUCCUUUGACUUAUGCACAUAGGUCCAGGGCGCCGAAAGACGGUACUGCGCAAAUCUAAUUUAAACAUAUUCACAAAUUCAUAAUACAUGAAC